AUGGCUCGUAACGAGUGCAGUGUUGCCGCUUCGUACUACGACUUGUACGCCAACGCCGAGUUGACGACAGCGCCGCCAUCCAAUUCACCAGCCAACGAGGAUGGGGAUGAGCAAACACUUUGGGAGGAGUACGAAUGGACUGCCGAAGACGAGCAAAAGGUGGCCGAUCAAUUACAGAAAUCUGCCAUCCGAUGCAAAGUGGUCCCAUCGUUUCGCGUUGAGGAUGACAAAAGAUCUUGGGACGACUUUUACGGACGUCACCAAGUCAACUUUUUCAAAGAUCGGCAUUAUCUAGCCACCGCCUUCCCGCAAGAGUUCGGCCCCACCUGCUCCGCAAACCCUUGCUUGGUGGAAUUGGGCUGUGGCGUGGGGAAUGCACUCCUUCCUUUGUUAGAAGACACUAGACAGCGAUGGACUGUCUACGGCAUGGAUUUAAGCGAAAUCGCAAUUGCCCUGUUGAAGCAGGACACACGCUUUACGACAGCAGCAGUGGAAGGUCGGGCAUUCGCCUUUGCUGGUGACUUGUCUUGUGGCGUUCCGGAACCCUGCCGAGGCGUCGCUACCGUGGCUUCCUUGCUCUUUUGCUUAUCGGCAAUCCCUCCAGCGCACCAGGCGGCGGCUGCGCGACACGCGGCUGCCACACUUGGUCCCGGCAGCGUGUUGGUGUUGCGAGACUACGGACGCUUCGAUGAAGCCCAAGUAAAGUUGGGAUCACAGCGCAAUCGAUUGAUAACAGACAACUAUUAUCGCAAAUACGACGGCACCAAGUGUUUUUACUUUUCUCUGCACGAUCUAGAGCGCUUGUUUGUACAGGAAGCGGGGUUGGAUAUGCUGGAACUCGAUUACAUCCGCCGGGUGUACAGCAACCGCGCCCAGCAAUCGACCCGACGUCGCGUGUGGGUACACGCACGAUUUCGGAAGCCACUUGACGCGUAG